GGGCGACGCUGGUGCAUGAGAUGAGUCCCAGCUACGGGUGGAGCAACUUCACGGCCCUGGCCCUGGGCGUCUGGGCCGUGGCCAAUCCCGAGUCCGUCGACGCCAUCACCAUGUUCCUCGCCGGGCUUGUCCUCUCCAUGGCCUCCGACCCGGUGUCACUAGGCCUCACCUACCACGUCUACUCGCAAGCGCCCGCGGUGCGAUUCAGCUGCGGGGUCGCCAUCCUGUCGCUCAUUGUCAAGCCCGUGUCCAUCUACUUUGUCUACUGCAUGUACCGGGAGAGAGGAGGUCAGAUCGAGGUCACCAUCAGAGGCCUCUCUCCCCCCACGAGGCGUGCUGACUAUGAGCCCAUCGCUGACUCCGAUGCCCCCCACCUCCUGGGGGGCAGCCCCCCACCUCCCCUGGCUGCUUCAGGCUCCCCCCACCAAUUUGCCCCCCCCCACCAAUUUGCCCCCCCCCACCAAUUUGCCCCCCCCACCACUCUGGCCCCCUCCCCGCAGUACUGAUCGACAGCCAUUCAACAACAACAACAACAAACCACAACAACAACAA